CUGACAUACAGCAGCAGGGCUGACCAGCCCAAUUGAGCAACUCCGGGAUUAAUGGCAAAAUCCGGGAUCGCGGGGGUAUAACAACAUUCACUUGACCACAAAAGGACUUGAAGAGAUACGAUCACGAACAGUCUUUGUUUUAUCAUUAAAAUCCAUUUACGGUGCCCUUCUUCCAACAGCGAAUACUUUUUCCAGCACGAAGCCAUGUCUACUCCAAGCCUAACGAAUGCCCAGCAAGUCAGAGACUUUGUCGAGACGAUACACGACAAACAAUAUCCAGCUAUUGACCCGAAGAGCGCAGAACUACCAAAGGGCUUUGUCGUAUGCAUCAUCGGCGCUGGAGGAGCUGCGGGCUCCGGGCUGGCAAGGUCUUUCGCUAAAGCUGGUGCCGCGGGGUUGAUUAUAGCGGCUCGAACGGAAAAGACGCUGGAGGCAACAACCAAGGAGGUUGGUGACAUCAAUGCAUCCAUCAAGAUUGCUUCUGUUGCGUGCGACAUCACUUCCAAUGACAGCGUGGCCGACAUUGCUUCAACUGUCAAGAGCCAGUUCAACGGGAGAUUAGACGCCGUGUUCGUCAACUGUGGGUUCUCGGGUCCUCUCUCAAAGGCUACAAUUCUUGAAGAAGACUUUGAGGACGUGCAAAAGGCCUUCGCUACACACUGCUUGGGUACAUGGCUUGCCGCACAUCAUCUUUUACCCUUCCUCUUAGAGAGCAAGGGCAGUUUUGUUGUCAUCAGCUCUAUCUCAGCUCAAGGUCUCACCGGAUUCGGCACAACAUCUCAUUAUUGCACCAGCAAGCUUGCCCAAGCCCGUAUGGUCGAGAUGUUACAUGCACAAUACGCCCACAAGGGCAUUUUUGUUGCUAGUGUACACCCCGGUGGAAUGCAGAGCGAGUUUUCACGGGCGGCAUCGAAUGAUAUUCAGCACCUCCUAAGUGAUAGCCCGGAUCUUGUAGGGGCUUUUUCGGUAUGGCUCCUGAAAUCACUUGACUUGGAAAAGCGUAGACAGGCCCUGAAUGGACGAUGGGUAUCUUGCAAAUGGGAUGUCGAAGAGUUGCAGGGAAAAUUCCAACAAAUUCAGCAACGGGAUCUGCUCAAAUUUAGAAUGGCUGUGGAGUGAGCAUGACACACAAUCCCUACGUGGGAUGGCUACAGAGUCUGUGUGAAGAAAUGGUAUACUUCGUCAAGGCUCAACAUAACAUCGAGGUUCAAUGGUGAAGAGGCGUUAAGAUGCCUAUCUAAACACAAGAUAGAGUUCACGGUUCCUAGCACUACAAUAAAGCAAGUGGGGCUAUCUUUAUUCUAUCAAAUAUCCCACAGAAACCCUUAUGUCGAUCGGCCUUCAUCAGUUCAAUACUCUUCAUCCCGUCCAAAC